AUGGGUUUGAUGAAUCAGCUUCAGUUUCUUGUGAUUGUGCUCACACUUCUCAACCUUUUGUCCAUCAUCUCUGCUUCUGCUUCCAUCUCAGAUGGCAUUUAUGAUGAUGAUAUCGACCCUGGAAGUGGACGGCACCUCUUGGCUUCCAAGCAUGUUUGUCCUAUAAAGUUUGAGUUUCAGAACUACACUAUCAUCACCAGCAAUUGCAAAGCUCCAAGCUAUCCUCCCAAUCGUUGUUGUAAGGCUUUCUUGAAGUUUGCCUGCCCUUUUGCAAAAUACCUUAACGAUUUGUCCAACGACUGCGCUACCACUAUGUUCAGCUACAUCAACUUAUAUGGCAAGUAUCCUCCUGGCCUCUUCGCCACCAUUUGUCGCAAGAAUGGCAAGUCGUCGCUUACUUGCCCUGCGCAUCAUCGUCCCUAA